CUUCCUCCGCCUCCUCCUCCUCCUUCUCGAAUCAACACGUGGGAGGAGGAGAGGAGGAGGGGGAGGGAGAGGGGGAGAGAGAGGGAGAGGGGAAGAGAGAGGUGACCACGCCAGCAAUAUCUAGCAACUUUGCCCAAAAAACUGUGUGAAAACUCUCCUUUUCUCUUUAUAUUCCCGAAUUUCCACAGUGAGAGACAAACACAGUCUUUCUAUCACUCUCACUUCCCUUUUCCCAAUCUCACUUCCCUCUCACUCUCCUCCGUUCUCUCUCACACACACUCCCUCCUCAGUCUCUCCUCCAUCACCUCCCUUGCCAGAUCUCGCCUCUCACUCUCCCAGCCAUCCUCUCACAGGCCCUCUCACAGCUGACUCUCCCUCUCCUCUCAGAUAACGAGGCUGACAUAAGGAAAACAAGUCCUUUAUUAGUCAUUUUCAGUCCUUUUUUCAAGCGUAGAUCUCUGGCAGGACCCUGAGAAGGUGUCCUGUAUGCGUGUGUGUACGUGAGGGGCGUGCACACGUAAACACACUCUGCUGUUACGUACACACAAGGGCCAAGCGGUAGUGGUGAUUGUGUCUACCUGUGUGUGCAUCUGUGGGUCAUCUUGUGCACGGCUUUAAAGAUGAACUGACGAGAGAAGAUGGAAGAGGAGUGAAGAGAGAAGAGGAGGAAGAGGAAGGAGGAAGACCCGGAAGAAGAGGAGGAAGAGGAAGAGGAAGAAGAUGAAAAAGGAGGACAAAAAAUUAAAUUAGCUGCGUCUCCACGUCUCGAAAUGGCCUGACGCACACACACACACACACACACACACACACACACACACACACACACACACACACACACACACACACACACACACACACACACAGAAUAAACAACACAAUAAACUAAACUCCCAAAAAAAACACAGUUAUCAAAACAAUAAGAAAAACAAACACAAACAAAAGAAAAUUAAAAAAAAGACAAGGAAAAAUCAAAACCACCACCACCACCACCACCACCACCACCACUACUACCACCACCACCACCACCACCACCACCAUGAGCUCAGACGAAUAUAAUGACGAUGAUGUCUUUCUCUCCCCCUCUGCUGACAUGCCCCCAAUGUGCGAGGGGGGCGUGGUGGUGGGGGGAGGGGCGGGCGUGGGCGUGGUGGGGGGGGCUGAGGGGUUGGGAGGGGCCGGCAUGGCUGGGGGAACACACAUCGUCAACGGGUCGAGGCCUUCUUCAGGUUAUUUCUCAAGACAGACAAGCGGAUACACUGCUUCUCAGGACACGCCGCCUCCUUCUGCAGCCCUGCGUGUGGAGGACCGGGAGGGGGAGCGACAGAGGACCCCCAGCCCCACAGGGUACAGGGGAGCGGUGCCCCCACCGAGAAUACCCACCCCGGAGGAGGACGACAUCAUACACAAGACCAUCCUGCUGGGGGACUCUGGCGUGGGCAAGACGUCCCUGCUGGUUCAGUUCGACACGGGAAAGUUCCAGCCCGGCACCUUCUCUGCGACUGUGGGCAUUGGCUUCACCGUGAUGUUGAUCGGGGACUCCUGCGUGGGAAAGACAUGUCUCCUGACGAGGUUCAAGGACGGCGCCUUCCUGUCAGGGACCUUCAUCUCCACCGUGGGCAUUGACUUCAGGAACAAGGUGGUGACAGUGGAUGGGUCAAAGGUGAAACUGCAGAUCUGGGAUACAGCAGGUCAGGAGCGGUUCAGGAGUGUGACCCACGCUUACUACAGGGACGCUCAUGCUCUACUUCUGCUGUAUGACGUGAUGAACAAGAACAGCUAUGACAACACACGGGCCUGGCUGGCAGAGGUGCACGAAUAUGCCCAGGACGAUGUGGUCAUCAUGCUCAUUGGCAACAAGUGUGAUGUUAAUGGCGACAGGGUGGUGAGGAGGGAGGAUGGGGAGAGGCUGGCGCGGGAGUACAACGUAGCAUUCAUGGAGACCUCAGCCAAGACUGGACUCAAUGUGGAUCUGGCCUUCCUCGCCGUGGCCAGGCAGCUCAAGGCAAGGAAAUCCACAAAUCCAAAUGAGAGAAAAUUUAAUGUAGCAGAAUAUGUGAGACAGGAGGCCAAGACUGAAGGAUGUGCCUGCAACGUGGGCUAGUACAACUCUGUAGGACUCCACUAGGAUUCCUCCCACACUCCCAGAACACACCAGAAGGACUCCACCACCUCCUGAUGAAGCGUGAGGCUGUGUAGGACCACCAGGAGCCCCACACAAGGACUGCAGACUCAAGAAGGAUUUUGCAAGGACUUUUAAGGAUGUGUUGUGUGUCAGUGGUGUAGGACUCUCUCAAAGGACUUAUGAGGGUCCCAUAUGAUUUGGUGAAGGAUUGUAUGCUAUGUGAAGGAUUUAUAAGACCUCUGAAGGACUCCUAGGAUAUGUAUGGAAGUCCUAAGGGUGUGGUGAAGGAUGUUAUGCUGUGUGAAGGAAUUAUAGAACCUCUAAAGAACUCCUAGGAUAUGUAUUGAGGUCCUAAAUGUUUGGUCAAGUACAUUAAGU